UAGGUGAUUUCAGUUCUCGUUAAUCAAAGUGCUCAACUUAGAAUAUUUACAUGGAGAGAAUUUUAAUUCUUGGUUUCAUUUUAGCCAUUCUCUAUUUCAUAACAACGGAACUUGCAUGUAAUGGUUAUACCCAUAUCAGCAACAACAUUCAAUCUGAACAAGAGGCUCUUAUUGACUUCAAAAGUGGUCUUAAAGAUCCCAACAACCGACUUUCAUCAUGGAAAGGAAGCAAUUAUUGCUAUUGGCAAGGAAUUACUUGUGAAAAAGACACAGGAAUUGUCAUUUCCAUUGAUCUUCAUAACCCUUAUCCUCGUGAGAAUGUAUAUGAGAACUGGAGCUCUAUGAACUUGAGUGGAGAAAUUAGACCUUCAUUGACAAAACUCAAGUCUUUGAAAUAUCUAGAUUUGAGUUUCAACUCAUUCAAAGGCAUGCCAAUUCCUCAAUUAUUCGGGUCUUUGAAGAAUUUACUAUAUCUAAACUUAUCAAGUGCUGGGUUUAGUGGUAGAAUUCCUUCAAAUUUUAGAAAUCUUUCCAAUUUGCAGUAUCUAGAUCUUUCUAAUUCGCAGCAUCUAGAUCUUUAUUCUAAAGAUCUGAGUUAUGAUGAUUUUGAAUAUUUUAAUGAUUUAUCUAUUGGCAAUAUUGAAUGGAUGGCUAGUCUUGUUUCCUUGAAGUAUCUUGGUAUGGAUUAUGUUGGCCUUUCAUCAAUAGGAAGUGAAUGGGUCGAGGUGCUAAACAAACUUCCAAUUUUAACAGAGCUGCAUCUAGAUGGUUGUGGCCUCUUUGGCUCAAUUCCAUCUCCAAGCUUUGUUAAUUUUACUUCACUUCUUGUUAUAAGCAUCAACUCCAACCAAUUCAUUUCCAUGUUUCCAGAAUGGCUUCUAAAUGUUAGCAGCCUUGGAUCCAUUGAUAUAAGCAACAAUCAAUUACAUGGGAGGAUUCCACUUGGUCUUGGUGAGCUACCCAAUUUGCAAUACGUAGAUCUAUCUGAGAAUGGCAAUCUCCGGGGCAAUAUCUCUCAACUAUUGAGGAAGAGUUGGAAAAAGAUAGAAUUUCUCAAUUUUCAUGGAAAUGAAUUACAUGGUCCAAUUCCAAGCUCUUUUGGAAACUUUUGCAACUUAAAAUAUCUGAAUUUGGGGGGUAAUUACUUGAAUGGAAGUUUACCUGAGAUUAUCAAGGGAAUUGAAACCUGCAGUUCUAAAAGUCCUUUGCCUAAUUUGACGGAGUUAUACUUGUCUGACAAUCAAUUGAUGGGAAAAUUGCCAAAUUGGUUGGGUGAGCUUAAAAAUCUUAGGCGCCUCGAUUUAUUCAACAACAGCCUUGAAGGUCCCAUCCCUGCUUCUUUAUGGACAUUGCAACACCUGGAGUCCCUGUCUCUUGCAAUGAAUGAGCUGAAUGGAAGUCUCCCAGAUAGUAUCGGGCAACUUUCUCUAUUGCAACGAUUGGAAGUUUAUCGCAAUCAUUUGAGUGGAAGUCUCCCAUAUAGUAUUGGACAGCUUUCAGAAUUGCAAUUCUUGGAUGUUGGUUCCAAUCAAUUGAGUGGAAGUCUCUCUAAACAACAUUUUUGGAAGCUAAGUAAGUUGGAGUAUCUAUUCAUGGACUCCAAUUCUUUCCGUUUGAAUUUUAGUCCCAAUUGGGUUCCCCCUUUCCAGGUGAAAAUUCUUUAUAUGGGUUCAUGCCACUUGGGUCCUUCAUUUCCGGUUUGGCUUCAAUCUCAGAAGAACCUCCAGUAUCUUGAUUUCUCAAAUGCUGGCAUUUCAAGUCGUAUUCCAAAUUGGUUUUGGAAUAUUUCUUUUAAUUUGCGGGACUUAAGUCUUUCUCACAAUCAGUUACAAGGUCAAUUACCAAAUUCAUUGAAUUUUUCUUCUGAUUUUCUCGCACAUAUCGAUUUUAGUUCUAACCUCUUUGAAGGACCUAUUCCUUUUUCAAUCAAAGGGGUGACAUUUCUAAAUCUCUCCCAUAACAAAUUUUCUGGCCCUAUCCCACUUAGCAGAGGCAAAUCCCUGUCAGACUUGAGAUACCUUCUUCUUUCUCAUAAUCAAAUAACAGGGCCCAUCCCAUCAAACAUAGGUGAAUCCAUGCCCAAUUUGGUUUUCCUUUCUAUUUCGAGUAAUCAAAUAACAGGGACCAUCCCGGAUUCCAUAGGACACCUCACCUCUCUUGAAGUCAUUGAUUUUUCAAGGAAUAAUUUGAUCGGAAGCAUUCCUUCUACCAUAAAUAAUUGCUCUCGCCUAAUUGUUUUAGACCUUGGAAAUAACAAUUUGUCUGGGAUGAUACCAAAGUCAUUAGGUCGGUUACAAUUGCUCCAAUCACUACACCUGAACGACAACAAGCUUUUAGGAGAGCUUCCCUCAUCUUUCCAAAAUUUAUCAAGGUUGGAACUCCUUGAUCUCAGUUAUAACGAAUUAUCGGGUAAGGUUCCAUCAUGGAUUGGAACUACUUUCAUAAAUCUAGUAAUACUCAACUUGAGGUCGAAUGCAUUUUUUGGAAGACUUCCCGACCGACUUUCAAAUUUAAGCUCCUUACAUGUCUUAGACCUUGCACAAAACAAUUUGACUGGUAAAAUUCCAGUCACUUUGGUGGAGCUUAAAGCCAUGGCUCAGGAGCGUAACAUGGAUAUGUAUUCUUUGUAUCACAGUGGGAAUGGCUCUCGAUAUGAUGAAAGGUUGAUUGUGAUUACAAAAGGCCAAAGUCUUGAAUACACGAGGACUCUUUCUCUUGUUGUUAGCAUCGAUCUAUCCGACAAUAAUUUAAGUGGAGAGUUUCCCGAGGGAAUAACAAAAUUGUCUGGUUUGGUGUUUCUAAACUUGUCCAUGAAUCACAUCAUUGGCCAAAUUCCUGGAAGCAUUUCAAUGUUGCGUCAGUUGUCCUCUCUUGAUCUAUCAAGCAACAAGCUUUCUGGCACCAUUCCUUCAAGCAUGUCCUCGUUAACAUUCUUGGGUUAUUUGAAUCUAUCAAAUAAUAAUUUCUCUGGUAAGAUCCCCUUUGCAGGGCAAAUGACAACUUUCACAGAGUUGGCCUUUACUGGAAACCCGAAUCUUUGUGGAACUCCACUAGUCACAAAAUGUCAGGAUGAAGACCUAGAUAAAAGGCAAAGUGUUCUUGAGGACAAAAUUGAUGGUGGUUAUAUUGAUCAGUGGUUUUACUUAAGCAUUGGCUUGGGAUUUGCGGUGGGCAUUUUAGUUCCUUAUUUUGUUUUGGCAAUAAGAAGAUCUUGGUGUGAUGCCUAUUUUGAUUUUGUGGACAAAAUUGUCAAGUGGCUACUGUUCAAAAGAAGAGUGACUUAUGCCAAAAAUCAUGCUCGAAGGCAAUAAAUUUUGUUUGUAGA